CGUUUGGCUCGAAUGUAACCGCAACAAAAAGAACACAAGAUGCCGCCCCUCUCUAGCAAGCUUGAGCGCAAGCUGCGCGCUACCGAAGAGAGCUCAGACGACAGCGAAAAUUACGAAGUUACCGACCGGUCUUCUUCUGAAUCAGUACUGGAAUUCGACGCUGGAGAUGUCGUUGGGUCAGAGAGCGAAGAAGAGACCGCAGGGGGCCCCGAGGACGAAGAGAUGUCAGAUGCCUCUGAUGACGACCAAGUACAGGCACAAAUGAGUAAAGUUUCUUUUGGAGCUCUUGCCAAAGCACAUGAUGCACUAUCAAAAUCGACCGACCGAAAGCGCAAGCGAGGCGAGGAAACUUCAAAAUCACAGGAUGACAAGCUCGAAGCCUUGAGAGAGCGGUUACGGCAGAUCAGGGCAGAGAAGAUUGCAAAUGGCGAGACAAAUCCGAGUAAGAAGCCUAAGGCUGCUGAGAAGAGCAAGUCAAAGCGUCAGGAGCGCGAGGAGGCAGACGCUAAAGAGGACGACUCUGGUUCAGACGCUGCACCUCACGCACGAUCCAGCAAGCACGCACCCGCUGUACAGUCGAGCAAACGCAUGGUCUCACGAAAGCGACAAGUUGUCGAUGUGAAGAAACCUGUCUUUCGCGACCCACGAUUUGAGAACAUUGGAGGGCCAAAACCAGACGAGAACACACUCAGCAAGCGGUACUCGUUCUUGAACGAUUAUAAGGUGUCGGAGAUCGCGGAGCUCAAGAAGGCUAUCAAGAAGUCGAGGAAUGGCGAUGAGAAAGAGCAGAUGAGAAAGCAGUUGGAAUCGAUGGAGUCGCAAAUGAAGACACAGCAGCGGAAGGAUGAGCAGCAGGCUGUUGUACGGGACCACAAGAAGAAGGAGAAGGAGCUGAUCAAAGAGGGCAAAACCCCAUUUUAUCUGAAGAAGUCCGAACAAAAGAAGCUUGCCCUGAUCGACCGCUUCCAGAACAUGAAGGCGAAGCAGCGCGACAGGACUAUUGAGCGCCGUCGCAAGAAGGUUACCUCGAAGGAGCGGAGAAACAUGCCCGCGGAGCGACGAAGUGCAUGAGAUCACAGGUACCCGCCCAUGCAGCAGGAUCUGGACGGGACGAGCAGGGUUGUUAACGAAUUUUAACGUUACCAUUUCACACAUAUACCCGAACAAGCAGAAUGCCUGCUGGCGAAUCCAGACAAUACCA